AUGGGCUUCACAACUGGUUUCACCGGAGGCGUAACUCUCACCCUCUCUAUAGCCUAUCUCACAGUAUUAGCGCACCAAAAGAACCGAGAACACCAGUCCGCAAUUCUACGGCAACAGACACGCCUAAUCUCAGGCAUCAUUGAUCCCUUACCACCUACUCUUCCACCCACACGCGCCGAACUUGCAGCAGCGGAACGGGCCAAUCUCAUAGAGCGCGCCAAGGAUCGCUGGAACGCAGAGAUUGAAGGUGCUGUAAAAUGGGCGCAAAACAAGGAUUGGGAAGAAGUGCGUGAGGAUGCUGAAUUCGCACUCGCUAGGUUAUGGGCCAAGGCCUCUGGCGGGGAGGUACCAGAAAAGGUAGAGAGGGAUACUAAGGAUAUUGUGGCCAGGACGAAAUCAGAUGUUGGCUCUGUAGCUGCGGCUGCUAAGGGUGCGUAUGCGGAUGCCAAAGCUAAGGGUUCUGAAGUGGCAGCCAAGACGGAAGAAAAGGCGGAGCAGACGAGGGGUUCGAUUCUUGGUUCUAUUGCAAGUGUGUUUAGAUGGGGGAAGGAGGCGGAGCAGAAGGUCGAAGAGAAGGCACUGAAUCAACGAUAG